CAUAAUUAUUAGUCAAACACAAACAAUGAAUUUCAUAAUUUUCCCAUCAAUACGGUCCAACAGCUCCAAGGGUUUGGAGCUCAACGGCUGGAGCGACGUUCGUAAACCUCGAAAGCGUUCAAACAUCCGCUCUUCCCGCACGCGCCGCUCGGGAAGAAUGCCCCACUCUUGGCCGGAGGAUGAGCUGGAUACCACGACAUGGCCUGGGGCUCUGGGCUACUCCCCAAGGGUGGAGUCGAGGGGUGGGGAGGGGAGGGGCGGCACUCUGUGGAAAUGAAGCCGUCGCGCAUAAAGUGUGAAAUUGCUGGCAAUUCGCAGAGACGCUCCAUUCUCGGCGUUUCUCAGUCUUUGGAGGCUGUUUAGAGCCUGGACUAAUGGGAGAUGCCAGUGCACGCAGAGAAAAAGUGGCCACCAAACUCGUUGAAUAAGUAUUACAGACCACCAGCCUUUUUGUACUUUGAAAGUAAGUGAAAGCAUCUGGAAAAUAUAAACUCUCGAAACUGAUGAUU